AUGAGCCGCACCGCCUACACUGUGGGAGCCCUGCUUCUCCUCUUGGGGACCCUGCUACCAGCUGCCGAAGGGAAAAAGAAAGGGUCCCAAGGCGCCAUUCCCCCGCCAGACAAGGCCCAGCACAAUGACUCCGAGCAGACUCAGUCGCCCCAGCAGCCUGGCUCCAGGAACCGGGGACGGGGCCAAGGGCGGGGCACUGCCGUGCCCGGGGAGGAGGUGCUGGAGUCCAGCCAAGAGGCCCUGCACGUGACCGAGCGCAAAUACCUGAAGCGAGACUGGUGCAAAACCCAGCCGCUUAAGCAGACCAUCCACGAGGAGGGCUGCAACAGCCGCACCAUCAUCAACCGCUUCUGCUACGGCCAGUGCAACUCCUUCUACAUCCCCAGGCACAUCCGGAAGGAGGAGGGCUCCUUUCAAUCCUGCUCCUUCUGCAAGCCCAAGAAAUUCACCACCAUGAUGGUCACACUCAACUGCCCCGAACUGCAGCCGCCUACCAAGAAGAAGAGGGUCACACGCGUGAAGCAGUGUCGUUGCAUAUCCAUCGAUUUGGAUUAAGCCAGAUCUGGGUGCACCCAGCCUGUCCUAGGGAUGCAGCCCCAGGCGGGCCCAGAGCCAGACCUAAAACAACCCAAUCCUUUCUUGGCUUAAACCCAGAGGCCAGAAGAACCACCAGCUGCCCCCUGGCAGGAGCCUGCUUGUGCGUAGUUUGUGUGCAUGGGUGCCUGUGUGUGUUUCAGACAGCAGAGGAAACAGAGUCUCUGCUCUGGGGCACUUCCUAUUAUGUAAACAUAUCUCCUUUAACCGGGUAGUCCAGAAGCCCACCCCACCCUGACUCACAUCCAAAGGGGUGGGGUGUGGUCUGGUUCUGCCUUGUCAUCCCCGUGCCCUCUGGGGACCAGAGUCUCCCUUCCUAUGAAUGUUAAUGGAGAGGCUACCUGCUGUAGUGCUGCAUUAGACUUGGGAAAGUUCUUCCAACCUGUGCUUGCUCCCUCCCUUCCUCUUCCCUGCCACAGUCUGUCCCUUCUUCAGUGACCAUGUCAGUCCAAUCCCACGUCUGCCAAGGUUUCUAAAUUAAUUCGCUUCACCUUGGGUGUAAAUGUUUUUCGUGUUGUGAAGACUUUCCCGACUCCGGGGAAGGCUGGCGUGUGCAAGGACAAGCAGGAUAGUGAGUGAGAAAGGGACCGUGGAUGGUGUGGCCGAGUCCCGCCCAGCGGAAGUCAGUAGGGAGAUGGGCAGAGGCUUGAAAGGCCAGUCCCGGGGCACAGGGAGACCUAUGCUUCAUGAAAUUUUUUUCCUACUGUUUAACAGAACCCAAGUGAACAGAGGAGAAAUGAGAUUGCCUAAGAGUCACUGUGAUCUGCUGAAACUAUCUGUAACCCAACACCAAACUUCACACAUAAAUAUUGACCACUCCCAUUUGCAGAACCAAGACAGUGAGCUAAACAAACCAGCCUUUCUGCUUUGUCCCCGUGGACAAUAGAUAUAGUUCAGAACCAUCUCCACAGGGAUAGGGAAUAAACAAAAACCUCUCGUAGGCCAGAGGCCCUAAUAACUUCCGUUUUUCUUGGUUAUAAUCAGCUUCUUUCCUACUUCUUGAUUUCUGCAUAAUGCUUCUGAGAGCCACAAACCUGUAUCGUAAAGAUUCUGCCCUCUGCUGAGUGUAGCUGACAGUGUCUAAGAUGAAAGCAUUUAGGGCGUGCUCUGUUUUAGCUAGCAAUAUAUUUUGGGUCUUUUUGUUUUAGCCAUUGCUGUGCUAUUGAGCUAGAGAAGAGAUUAAGGAAAGAAAGGAGAUUGCCUCUGGCUAAGGAGUAGUUAGCUCUUAGUGCCUGCAAGAGAUGUGAGGGUUCUAACCUCUUCUUCAUUUGUCCUCGAAGGUCUGAGAGGAAAUCCUGUUGAGAGACCAGAGCAUGGGGUUCCCUAGCUGUCUGUCUACUGCUGGUGGCAUCCAUGUAACACUGUAACCAUUCAGUGCCUACUGGUAGGUGCUGUCAUCUGAUUAAGCUUGGCCUGUUCCCAAGGCCUUCUGAGGAUCCUUCUGAGGACCAAAGUGCAGGAUGGGUGAACCUUACUGCGCUUUAGAUUUGGCUAACCUGUUCUUAGGCCCCUCAGAUAUUCUUUUUGCCUUCUGUCUUCUCCGCCUCACUAUCCAAGUCACGUGUAAUAUGGAAAACAGACACCAUGCAUUUGGGGAUCCAGUUGCCCAGCAAGACUUCAGUAUUCAAAGAGCCAUUGCAACUAAAGAAUCCGUUUUUAUUUCGUUUUUGCUUUUCCAGUGCACUCCCAUCUGACAACUAAACAGGAACCAUUUUAAGGCAGAAGUUUUCUUGAACAUCCAAAAUGUUGGGUCUAAUUGUAAAACUUUGAAACUCACUACUGAUGAUUCUACACGAGGCAAAUUUGUGCAAACACAUAGUCUGUGUGUUUUGUGUACACUGUACAUGCCCCUGCCCUAAAUCUUUGUAUCAUCCACAUCCUCCAACAAUAAAGCACAGAAUGGAUUUAAUUAAGCACAGAAAUGCUAAGGCAGAAAUUUUGAGGAGGCAGGAGAGAGGAAAAGAAAGGAGAAGAAGCUGAAAAUGUAAAACCACACCAGAGAGGAAAAAUGACAUUCAGAACCAGCAAACACUGAAUUUCUCUUGUUGUUUUAACUCUGCCACAAGCAUGCAAUUUUGUUAAAAAGAGAUGACUUAAGUUGGCAGCAGUAAUCUUCUUUUAGGAGCUUAUACCACAGUCUUGCAUGUAAGUCAGAUUUGGCUCAAGUAAAGAGAAUUUCCUCAAAAUUAACUUCACUGAGAUAAUCAGGAGCAUAACUACCCUAAAAGCACAACCCUAGCCAAAGAGGGAAAUGUCUGCUUUUCUUAUUGUGCCUAUAUUAAGACUAGCACAAGUAUGGUGUGUCUUCCAACAUUUAUUGAAAAUGCCAUAUCUGUUACAUAUUUUAUUGGAGUCACUGAUGAUAUAAUGAUAUUUUUUCAUUAUUAUAGUAGAAUUUUUAUGACAAGAUAUUUGUGAUCUUGAUCAUAUCUACAAAAAUAAUGCCAAACACCCAAUAUGAAUUUUAUGAUGUACACUUUGUGCUUGGCAUUAGAAGAGAAAAACACACAUCUUGUAAGUCUUUAAGUUGUUUUUUGUUACUGUAGUUCUUCAAAGUUAAAAGUAUGAGCAAAAAAUCUGGAGGAAAGGAUAAUUUCCACUGUGUGGAAUGUGAAUAGUUAAACAAAAAGUUAUGGUUAUUUAAUGUAAUUAUUAAUUCAAAUCCUUUGGUCACUGUGAUUGCAAGCAUGUUUUCUUUUUCUCAUUUAUUUGACUUCCUCCGAGUUGAGCAAAGAAGCUGGCACGUUGUGUGAUGUUGGACACUUUUAUCAGGUCGGGGGAAACAAAAUCUUGACACAUCUGAACAUGCAUUACAGAGUCAAGACCUGAACUUUUAUUGUUGUUUUAACUGAAUGUUCCUUAAAGGUUAACAUUUCUGAAGCAAUAUUAAGAAAGACUUUAAAUGUUAUUUUGGAAGACUUAUGAUGUGUGUAUACAUACAAAUAGCAGAUAAUGAUGAACAGUUCAAAAAUAAAAUCCUUUUAAGGUGAAAAUCUAAAAUGAAAGUGUAUGUACAGAACAUUUAUAAGUGACCAGUGAAUGCCUAAGAGUGAAAGUAGCUCUAUUGAUCUGUCAUUUCUCAAGAUAUUUAAUAUCAACUGUAUUAUGUAUUAUGUCUGCUUUAACCAUUUAAAAACAACAAAGGAUUAUAUAGACCAUGAUUGAGGUACCUUGCUGUGUGUGAGAAUAAGAGGGGAUUUGAUAGUCUCAUAAAAGCUAAUUUGGCUUAAAGUUUCAUGAAUCUGUAACUAGAAUUUAAUUUUCAUCCUAAUAACGUUCUAUAUAGCCUUUGCCAGAGAGCAACCAAUAAAUUAAACCUCUUCU